AUGGGGUCGGAUUCAAGGGUUUCCGAAGACCAUGAGGGUACCCAGUCCUCAGAGGAUAAAAGGGCGACCGACUAUCAGUGCUUCCCCCAGUCAACGUACUCGACUAUUAUUUUCAACAUGAUGCACAGGCUCCGUCCCGGCGUGUACCAGAUCAUCUCUGUGGCAUACAAGGAAGACCUUGGUCUUUCCCGAUUCGCGAACCCCAUUUACCCCCCGCCUCCUGUUCCAGUUGUAGUCCUUCCCGACGGAGUAUUGCCUCCUAAGUUUAUCGUCGAGCUGGUCGUAGAUGAGCCGGAGACCUAUCUCAUCAAGGUCCAGGAGGACAUGAGUCCAGUAAUCAAGAACACCCGCGGUGUUCCCGGUCCAGAGGAUCCUCGUCUACCUGAUCCUCGCGUCUUCGCCUUCGAAAAUGAACCUGCUGAGAAGUGGGUUGUCCUCCACAGAGAGGAUGAUGAGGAUGACGACAUAUACACCAUCGAAAGGAAGCCUGGGUAUGGAAAUCUUGCAUGGACUGCUCCGCGGCGCGAAGAGCCCGAGCCCGAGCGUCAGAUUCUCCUCCGCGAACUGAUUGUUAGACCAGCUGACCCUCCUAUUUACGAUCCUUUCCAGCUGUUCAAAUUCCAAUUUGUAUGCCCGGCGUGA